AUGUCUAAGAGGUCUAUUGAAGAGGUCUCCAUCGAGAGUUUUCAGGAAAAUCCUAGUAUAGCCGUUUCCAGUUUUUUCAAAGGUCUCCGUGUACCAGAAGAAACCAAAUUCGAUCUAUACAGAAGAAAAGCCUCCAAGGACGAAUUCAUACUACACGGUGAAAAUGACAGGUUGGAAUAUGAAGGUAGAACUGAUCCCAACUCUAUGGACUCCAAGCAGUACGUUGUUGCCGUUUAUAACCCUAGUAAAAAAUCUGCACAAUUGUACAAGGCACCAUUCCUAGAUGCUAAAGUUGUUCCAAAAUCUACCAAGAACUUAGCAGGUCCUUCUAUUAAAAGUUCUGAUGUGCAAGCUUCUAUCUUGAGAACUUCUCUUGGUGAAACUUUUGGUACCAAAAAGGCCAAGAAAGCAAUUGCAGAUCUGGAAAGAAACCGUAUCGAUUCAGACAAAUUGGCAGAUGCUGCUGUUGACAUUGUUGAUUCCGUCAAAACUGCCUCCAAAGAUUUGCCCACAAGAACAGAUUUGGAAAACAGUGUCACUAUGGACAGACCUACUCCUGUCGCCAACGUCGACGCUACCGAUGUGGAACAGAUCUAUCCUGUCGAAAAUAUCAUACCGAAGAGAGAGUGGAACUUUAUUCGGGUGGGAUCCUUGGUCAAGGAAACCGAUCCAGAAAAAAGAUUGGAAAUGCUUCCCUACACCAAAUCUCAAUACUUGGCUAAAAAAUUGCCAAGCUUGACUCAAGCAACUCAAACUACCAAAUUACAACUUUUAUACUACCUUUCCCUAUUACUUGGUGUCUACGAAAACAGAAGAGUGAACAGCAAGGACAAACUCUUGGAAAGACUAAACGCUCCUCCAGAAACUUUGCUAGACGGUAUUUUGGAAAGAUUCACCGUUUUGAGAGCCGGACAAGUCGGUAAAUCCAAGAACAGAUCUUUCUUCAUUGAUCCACAGAAUGAGGAUAAAUUGCUCUGUUACAUUAUGAUUCUAAUCCUUCACCUCAACAAUUUCAUCGUGGAAAUUUCUCCUCUCGCGAAGGAAUUGGGUAUAAAACCAUCCAAGAUUGUCAACUUGUUUAGAGUUAUCGGUGCCAUCGUUAAGGGCGCUACAGUCGCUCAAGCAGAAGCAUUUGGUAUUCCAAAGAGUUCUGCUUCCACUUACAAGAUUGCCACACUCAAGGUACCAUUUAAGCUUCCUCAGAUGACAAGAAGAGGUAGAGCAGCUCGUUAG